AGAACUUGGAGCCUCGCAGUCACUCAUCCCGACAGCCACCAUCCAUCGCUCUCCUCUCCCCUUCUCCUCACCUCCAGCCCUCCUCUCCACUCAUCUGCUGCAAUCCUUCCUUCAUCUGGAACCCUGAGCAAAAAUCAGUCCUUCAUCCUCCCCCAAAACAGCCCUCCUUAUCAUGGACAGCACAAGGAACCUCCUCUCCAUCUCUGAGGCACUCUACCACGUGAUUGUCAUGAUGCUGACACUGGGCCAAGGCAUUCAGUCGAUGCCUGUUCCAACUGAUGUCCCCAUGUGCACGGCUUCAGAAACUGCCCAGUACAGGCUAACGUUUACUGGCAAGUGGACCCAGGCAGCUUUCCCUAAACAGUAUCCUGUCUACCGUCCCCCUGCACAAUGGUCAAACAUUAUUGGAGUGACUCACAGCUCCGACUACCACAUCUGGCAGCGUAAUGAGUUUGCCAGCAACGGAGUGAGGGAGUUUGCAGAGAAAGGCGAGGCCUGGACACUCAUGAAGGAAGUUGAGGCGGCCGGCGAACGCAUCCAGAGCGUUUAUGGGAUCCUCUCCGCUCCCGCUGUUGUGGGAGGCACGGGCCAGAUGAACACUGAGUUUGAGGUCUUCGCAAGGCACUCCUAUCUGUCGUUUAUUGUGCGCAUCGUUCCAAGCCCAGACUGGUUUGUGGGUGUGGACAGUGUUGACCUGUGUGAUGGCGACCACUGGAAAGAAAAUGUGUCGCUGGAGCUUUUCCCAUAUGAUGCAGGAACUGACAGCGGGUUCACUUUCUCUUCUCCCAACUUUGAGACCAUCCCACAGGAUAGAAUCACUCAGAUCACUUCUUCCUUCCCUAGCCACCCUGCCAACUCCUUUUUCUAUCCCCGCCUGAAGCACCUGCCACCCAUUGCCAAAGUAGUGCUGACCAAGAUAAAGAAGACCAAUCAGAUCAUCAGCCUGCCUGUGGAGCCCACCCAGUCCAACCAAUUGCCAACAGGAAACGAGAUCGAGGACAAUGUCAUAAAUACUCCUCUGGACUGUGAGGUGUCAGUGUGGUCUCCUUGGGGCUUGUGCAAAGGCAAGUGUGGAGACUCAGGCGUGCAGCACCGCACCCGCUAUGUCCUAAUGCACCCAGCCAACAACGGAGCAGCCUGCCCCCUGCUGGAGGAGGAGAGGAAGUGCUUUCCGGACAACUGUUUAUGACUAGGCCAGGAAAGGAGGGAGAAGAAAGAGAGGAAGGAGAGGAGAGAGAAGAAAGAGAGGAAAGCCAGGAAAGGGAGGAAAGGACGAAGACGGAGAAACAACAAUAAAAGGUCUGCAGUGUAUUCUCAUGAGGCAUAAAUAUGAUCAACAGGACUCCCUUCUUUCCUCCCUGGCUCUAUCUCUGUGGAUAUGACUAACGUACUGAUGCAAAAAAAUUGUUUCAUUCUCAAGUCUCAUUGAUUGAUCUGACAGCACUAGAGAGGUGUAGUUUGGCAAAAUGGCUAUUAGACACCAAUUCAGUUUUGGCAGAUUAUCAAAAUUGUCUGGGGAUAAAACAAUGCUGUUAGAAACCCAGCUCUUAACUGAAAACACAUUUUCACAUUAUAGUUGGGUUAGAUUCGAUGUUUCUGAAGAUCACAGACGUUUGUUUGCCCACACUGGAUUAUAACUCCAAGCAGCUUUCAUCUAGUGGAUUUUGAAAUAAAUCCACAUAAGAUCUAAAGUCCCUAUAGCCAAGAAAUACUUAACAGAAAAUCCAAAUAAUAUCAGCUUCGGCACAGGGGAAAACAAGAUGCCUCAACAGUUGCAUUAGCAGUAGUACUAGCAGAAAAGUGAGCCAUAGAAUUAAUGUACGGCCCUCUAAACUACGCCACAUUCAAACAUAAUGUUUACAGAGGCACUGUGGUUCUUUCCAGAAGAUAAAGAAUAUAUUUAUUGACAGGAUUUUAACCUGUAGUGUACAGUAUAUCAAAUCUGAAAGUAAUAAUUUGUAUUCAUUUUGUUAGAUAUUAGUUCAAUAAAGAAAGUUUUUUGUAAAAAAAAAUACAAAAAAUGUACAAAAAAUGUAUGCAGUCUGUAUGGUCAAUAAAGUGUAAAUAUAUCUUA